GACGUGUUGCGUCUCAAGAAGCAGGAACUACAACCCACUCAAGAGUGUAAAAUGCCCUCACUGGAAUUUUAGCCUGCCUCCUUUCAAAACAAAACAACACGGAAACCACGUCUGGACCAACCCGUUCUUCAAGUUCUGCGCGAGCGAGUCUCCAGUCAUUCAGGUAGAGACACACAGGGAGGAAGAGACACAGAGUUAGACACGGACGGACGCGGUGGUCAGAAUGAACUAUUAAUCACCGAAUUUUUGGGUCUACGGACGUUAAAGGAAUUCGUUUGAGAAAAGCGUGCAACCGGUGAAGAUGAGUCGCCCACGUGUGGACUCGGAGGAGUCCCUGACCCCCGACGAUGAGGUGAUGCCAUACAGUGAUGACGAGACUGAUGACGAGAUAGAGCCCGAGGAGGAGGUAGAGGUGCAGCCGGCCGCUCCGGCACCAGAACCCGUCGCAGAAGCAGGAUGGAAGGUCAAAGCCAACGACAGAGAAUUCUGCAAACUUCCCGAAUUCCAGAAGAAGACGUUUUUGUGCUUCAAGAAGAGCAAGUACUCUGGAAAUGCCAUCAGGACCUAUAAGUACAACGUCAUCACCUUCCUGCCCCUGAACCUAUUCGAGCAGUUUAAAAGAGCAGCUAACUUUUACUUCCUGGUCUUGCUGAUCCUGCAGAUCAUCCCACAAAUCUCCACGCUGCCCUGGUACACCACAUUGGUGCCCCUGGUGCUGGUGCUCGGCAUCACCGCCAUCAAAGAUCUGAUGGAUGACCUGGCUCGUCACAGGUUAGACAAGGAGAUCAACAACAGGAAGUGCGAGGUGCUUCUCAAUGGCAGCUUUCAGGAGGCCAAGUGGAUGGACAUUCAAGUUGGCGACGUGGUCCGAUUAAAGAAAAACGACUUCAUUCCUGCUGACAUUUUGUUAUUGUCCAGCUCUGAGCCAAACAGCCUGUGCUAUGUAGAGACAGCAGAACUGGAUGGUGAGACGAAUCUGAAGUUUAAGAUGGGUUUGAAGGUGACCCAUGAGAAACUGCAGGAGGAGAGACAGCUGGCGGAUUUCGAUGCCAUGAUCAUUUGCGAGGAACCGAAUAACCGCUUGGAUAAGUUCACAGGCACGAUGAGGUGGAAGAACGAUGCGUACCCGGUCGAACUGGAUAACAUCCUGCUCCGCGGCUGCAAGAUCCGGAACACGGAGGAAUGCCGCGGAAUCGUCAUAUAUGCAGGAGCCGACACUAAGAUCAUGAGGAACGGCGGAAAGACCAGGUUCAAGCGCACCAGGAUAGACUACCUCAUGAACUACAUGGUGUACACGAUCUUCGUGAUGCUGAUCCUGAUCUGUGCCGGACUGGCGAUCGGACACACCUUCUGGUACGAGGAGAUCGGCGGUAAGGCCUGGUAUCUGUAUGAUGGACAGAACUACACAUCCUCCUACAGAGGCUUCCUCACCUUCUGGGGCUACAUCAUCGUCCUCAACACCAUGGUCCCCAUCUCCCUCUAUGUUAGUGUGGAGGUGAUUCGUCUGGGUCAGAGUAAGUUCAUAAACUGGGAUCUGCAGAUGUACUACGCUGAGAAGGACACUCCAGCCAAGGCUCGCACCACCACCCUGAACGAGCAGCUCGGCCAGAUCGAGUACAUCUUCUCGGACAAGACGGGAACUCUCACGCAAAACAUCAUGGCCUUCAAGAAGUGCACCAUCAGCGGCCAGACGUACGGAAAUCCGGCAAGCAAAGACGGGUCGCCCCAGGACCGUCCAAAUCUGGUCGACUUCAGCUGGAACAAAUACGCCGACAGAACGUUCCAGUUCACCGACAAUCACCUCGUUUCCCUCAUCCGCUCCAAAAGUGACCCGGACAUGCUGGAGUUCUUCAAGCUGCUCUCGCUCUGCCAUACUGUCAUGGUGGAGCAGAAGGACGGUGAGCUGGUGUAUCAGGCUGCGUCUCCAGAUGAAGGUGCUCUGGUCACAGCGGCUCGCUGCUUUGGUUUCGUGUACCUCUCACGCACGCAGGACACCAUCACCAUCAGCGAGAUGGGAAAAGAGGCCACGUACGAGGUGCUCGCUCUCCUCGACUUCAACAGCGACCGGAAACGCAUGUCUGUUGUCUUGCGGUUUCCAGAUGGACGUAUCCGGCUGUAUUGUAAGGGAGCAGAUACGGUGAUCUACCAGCGCCUCAGUCCUUCCACCCUGCACCGAGACACCACAGAGACAGCUCUGGAAAUUUUUGCCAACGAGACCCUGCGCACCUUGUGCCUGUGUUAUAAAGAUAUCACUGAAGAGGAAUUCGAGUCAUGGGCUCGUAAACACAAGGAGGCCAGCGUGGCCAUGACUGACCGGGAGCAGGCUCUGGAUACCGUCUACGAGCUCAUCGAGACUAACCUGAUGCUGAUCGGUGCCACUGCCAUCGAAGACAAGCUUCAAGAUGGAGUUCCUGAGACCAUCGCCAACCUGGCCAGGGCUGAGAUCAAAAUUUGGGUUCUAACUGGAGACAAGAAAGAGACCGCUGAGAACAUCGGGUAUUCUUGUGAGCUGUUGACGGAUGACAUGACUAUUCACUAUGGAGAGAAUGUAAAUCAGAAGCUCUCAGACAGACAGGCAAACCGGAGGAACGAGACAGGAUCGUCACGCAAGAACAAGUCCCAUGAGCCAUUUUUCCCUGAAUCUGGCAAGAACGCUCUCAUCAUUACUGGAGGCUGGCUGAACGAGAUUCUAUACGAGAAGAAGAAGAAGCGUCGACGCCUGCGUCUGCGCCGCCUCGGUAAGCGCGUUCCCCCCGCCAACCCUCAGGACGGCCAACCGAUGAACGACUUGGAGAAGGAAAUGAGGCAACGUGACUUCGUGGACAUGGCCUGUGAGUGCAGCGCCGUCAUCUGCUGCCGUGUCACCCCCAAGCAGAAGGCCAACGUGGUGAGCCUGGUGAAGAAAUACAAGAAGGCCGUCACUCUGUCCAUCGGCGACGGAGCCAACGACGUCAACAUGAUAAAGACUGCAGACAUCGGUGUGGGCAUCAGCGGGCAGGAAGGCAUGCAGGCCGUGAUGUCCAGUGACUACGCUCUCGCUCAGUUCCGCUACCUCCAGCGCCUCCUGCUGGUGCACGGCCGCUGGUCCUACAUCCGCAUGUGCAAGUUCCUGCGCUUCUUCUUUUACAAGAACUUCGCCUUCACCCUGGUUCACUUCUGGUACUCGUUCUUCAGUGGAUACUCCGCACAAAUUGCCUAUGAAGAUUGGUUCAUCACCCUUUACAACGUGUUGUACAGCAGUUUACCUGUCCUGCUCGUUGGACUGCUGGAUCAGGACGUGAACGACAAACUGAGUCUGCGUUUUCCGAGGUUGUACAUUCCGGGACAGCAGGGGGCGCUGUUUAAUUACAAGAACUUCUUCAUCAGCCUCUUCCACGGCAUCUUCACGUCCCUUCUCAUCUUCUUCAUACCGUACGGAGCUUUUCUGCAGACGAUGGGUCAGGACGGGGAGGCGCCGUCCGAUUACCAGUCCUUCGCCGUGGUCACUUCGUCCUCGCUUAUCAUGAUAGUCAGCCUGCAGAUCUCUUUGGACACCUCGUAUUGGACGUUCGUGAACUGCUUCGCCGUCCUGGGCAGCAUAGCUAUUUACUUCGGCAUCAUGUUCGACAUCCAGAGUGCGGGAAUACACGUCAUCUUCCCAUCGUUCUUCAAAUUCACUGGCGUUGCCGCUAACGCGCUCCGCCAGCCGUACCUGUGGCUUACCAUCAUUCUAACAGUGGGCAUCAGCCUCCUGCCAGCCAUCUGUACCCAGUUCCUCUGUAAGACCAUCUGGCCCACUGACGGAGACAAGGUUCUUAGAAACAGGAAGAAGUACGAGAUGGAGGAAGAGGAGAAGAGGAGGGCUCCUACUUUCAAACGAGGCGGCCGCUCGCGCCGCUCUACGUAUGCCUUCUCUCACUCCCGCGGUUACGCCGAUCUCAUCUCUUCGGGCCGGAGCAUCCGUCAGAAGCCACAGAGGCGGCCGGAUAUCAGGGAGAGCAUCAGGGAGGAACCCGUAGUCGAAAGCCUCUGAGACGUCUGACCCCGAGACGUUUAGACAGGCAGGAACAGCUAGAUAUUCACCCCGAUUUUAAAUACGCAGACUGAUUACGGAAUCACAAGGUUUAAGGAAACACUCAUUCAGCUCGGUUUUAGCCAACCUGCUGUCUGAAGAGAUUCCCAGGUUCAAGUUCCUUUUCCGGCUCUUAAACUGCUAGUCCCGAGACCACUUGAUCUGCUUCCUUCUCUCCAUUUAAAAAAUGAACCGAGCCCUGGGGAACGGGAGGCAGGGAAGGUCACUUAGGGACUUGACGAGCUCUGAUCUGAAUUAGAGCGCGAUCUGAAUUAGCUAUGAACGAGCAGGACGAGCCAAUGAGAACAUUUACACAAAGGGAAGUGAGUGAGAAUUUCUCCCGCUCGCCAAGAAAGAAAGAAAGAAAUAAAUAAAUAAAUAAAUGAA